AUGAGUUGGAGUAAGAUUGGUUUUGAUGCCCCAGAUGGUACCAAACUGUUCUUACAGCGUCUUGCUUCGAGUCCGUUGGUGAGGCGUUCUUUGCCGAAUGCGGCAGCCAUCUGCACACAGUAUUUUGGAUUCAGGCGUAAUUCUGGAGAGUCAAUACAGAACUUCCUGGUGCGUGAGACUCUAGUCCAUGAAGAGUUCAUUGAGGCUAUCAUCCGCCUUCAUGAGGAUAAGGUUGGUGUGAGUGAAGAGACACGUGACUUCGGUCUUCCCCCAGUGCCUGAGGCUGAUGACUAUCCAUGGCAUGAUGGUCGUGGAUGGAGUUGGUGGCCUCCUGGCGACGAUGUCUACGAGGACUUUGAGGGUGGCUCAGCUGCUGAUGGACCACCUGGUGAUGAUUCAGGCGCUGCUGACCGUGAUCCUUCCUCAGUACCUCAACCACCUAGCCCUGAACCUCCUGAAGGUCGCCCCCCGCAAGGAGCUACUGGGUCUUCCCCUAGUCAUCAUCGUGACGCUAGCCAACAGGGUGAUGCUCGUGUUUCCAGUCACAUGGGUGCUAAGAAGGAUGAUCGACCUUCCUUAGAUGAGCUUUCAGUGGCUGAUUCCUUCAUACUUGAUGUUCUUCGGGGCCGGCGACUUCUGCAAGCAGCAGGGUUAUCCCAUGAAGAGAAGCGUGACAUCCUGAGCACAACCAAGAACUCCCUUGACUACCAAGUUGUGUCCUCUGCUCUCCAAGGACUUUGGGAUGAUCAACUCAUUGGUGGUCGGUCUGGCUUUGGACAUAACGCGCACUACCUGGACACCUCGGACGACCAAGAGCUCUACUACGCCGAAGAUUCCUGGUGGAACGAAGAUGACUCGUGGUGGAGUCACUCUUACUAUGCCGAUGGCUCCUACGAGGACGACGGCUGGUGGCAUGACUCCUGUGAUCAAGGAGAUCUUUACGCCUCCACCUCAGGUGCCCCAUCCAUUGAUCCAGAAUCUGACGAAAAGCUUCAAGAAGCUCAUCGAGCUGAACAAGUGGCUGAAGGACUUGCUGCGGAUGCCCAUCGCACCUGGACUGAGGCCCAGAAAGCCACUGCUGCUCUUCGUAGAGACCGUGGAUUUGGCGCAGUGAUGAGCAAGGGCCAGGCACCUCCUCGUUGUUUCAGCUGCGGGGGCAAUCAUUUUGCUCGUGAUUGUCCAGACAGGUGGGCGCCUGGACAUAAGGGCUUGGGUAAGAAUCGUCACUUCCUCGCGGACAUGUCCAACGGCUACUACCUUGACCCCUAUGAGCUUCAGUACUAUUCCAAGGGCAAGUCGAAAGGCAAGGGCAAGGGCAAGUUCAAGGGUAAGCACGCCAUGUGGCUUGAUGCUCAGGCAUGGACCAAAGGCAAGGGCAAGUACAAAUCCAAGGACUCUGGAAAAUCGGUGAAUGCCUACGCUUCUCACCUCUUUGCUGGUGGUCUUGAGCUGUCUGAUGGUCUUGAGAUUCAGGCAGCCAGUGUUCACCCAACAGCCCUUCAUCAAGGAAUGAUUGAUUGUGGAGCAACAGCUAGCGCGGCUCCAGAAGCAGUGGUGCAAGGCCUAAUCGGGGCUGUUCUUGCACAGGACCGUUCUGCCAAGAUCGAGUUUGACCAAGCCUCGCGACCGUAUUUUAGGUUUGGCAACGGGCGUUGGGGCAGGGCUCUGUGUAAGGUUCAUAUUGCCAGCAAUGUUUCCGGCCAGGAACGUACCUUUUCCCUGUACACUUUGCCAAAUCCUCCGGAAUACUAUCAGACCAACUUUGACAAGCAGUCUCUUGUUCCUGUUCUGAUUGGCAUGGAUUUUCUGGGCAAGAAUGGCAAUGGCGUCAUGAUAGAUUUCGGUACUGGCUUAGCUAUGUGUACCAAAGAUGCGCAUCCUGAGAUCUUCCAGUUGAACGUGAAUUCCAAAGGCCAUUACGUCUACGAUCUUGUUGAGCAUCUUACACGGGGACGUUCUUGUCAUGAGGGCAAUGCGCAUGUGAUAGUUCGCCAGUCUGAUGUUGCUCACUGCAAUGACAUGUCACAUCAGAUGCUUGAGCUUUGGACUGCAUGGAUAGACCUCUCCAUGAGCGAUCGAGUGCAUGACGAGCAUGAGCUUGAGGAAGCGGAGAAACUGCUGACGGCGGCCUACAAGGCCAAAGCUCAACCCAAGCGCAAGGCCCGCUCAAUCGACAAGAGCCGUGCCAUGCCCAUGGAUGUGAGAGAUCCUCGGGCCAGUCAGGAGCAGUGGCCAUGCUUCAAUCGCCAUGUGCCGGACAAGCCAAUGUCCAAUGCCCACGGCCAGUGGAUCCAUUGUCGCACUUGCGAUGUGAGGAUGAUGUACAUUCCUCGCAAAGGCUCUCCGGCAACUUCAACCGCGACAGUGAAUGGCCCCAUGGUCCUGGAGAUGCUCAACGAACUGCAGACCCUCCUGGGCAACCUCAAGCCAACAGCAACCAUCUGUCGUCAUGCCAUGGCCAAGGUGGUGGCCGACCAUGUCCUGAAGGAUUCCAUUGCCCAGCUGCAAGCUCAACAACCGACGUCACCUCCGCGCCCGAUGACUCGGCAGAGUUCAACAACCAGUGACUUCAUCAGCUACCAAGACUUCAUCAGCUACCAAGACUUCCUCAGCUACCAAGACUUCCUCAGCUAUCAAGACUUCUUCAGCUAUCAAGACUUCCUCCGACAUCACGACAGCCUUGUCUUCCGCGACUUCUACAACCUCCAGAACCUUGACUCCUACACGGUCUUCCUUCAGUACACCUAUGUUGUCAGGACUAAGCCUGCGAUGCAACCUGCUCCUCUCUAUAUCAUCAAGAAGAUCAUGACUAUGACGGCCAUGCUUGUUGCAUCGACUGCCUCUUUGCUGACUGGUCUUCAUCUUCAUGACCGUGAUGGAUUGUGGGAGGUGGCGUGUGGACCACAUUCAUGGUUGUCAGAGGCGGCGGCUGAACAUGAAUUGAAGCCAAGACGUAUCAACUUGAGCAAUGGCUUUGAUUUGUACCAGCCUUCUACUUGGGUCAAACUGGGGGAGAUGCGGAAGCUUCAUCGACCUAAGAAAAUUUGGCUUUCCUUGCCAUGUACUCGCUGGUGUCCAUGGACGGCUGUCAACUACAACACGGAGGAGCUCAAGGAAAAGUUGGAGUCUCUAAGACGACGCGAACGUCGACUUCUUUGGCAUGCUGUGGCCUUCUUGAAGGACACUUUGCGUGAGGAACCAGAUACCGAUGUGUACUGGGAGUGGCCCUGGCCAUGUCAAGGAUGGAACCAACUUCCUCUUCAAGAUCUUGCCGCUUUUCUGGAAAAGGAAAAUCUGGAGUGGUUGCCUUGCAGGAUCGAUGGCUGCGUCUAUGGCAUGAAGGAUCGAAACGGUGCCUUCUUGAAGAAGAAGUGGAUGGUCCGCACCACUGAUACACAUUUCCACAAGGCAUUUCGAGCGAAAACUUGUUGUGGCAAUCAUGGAGUUCAUGGUUACAUUGAAGGCUCUGAAACCAGCAAGACGUCGUACUAUCCAUGGCGACUGGUUCAGGCUUGGACCAGACAUUGGAAGUCUCAACCCGCUCCCGAACGCCACUGUAAGCUUGUUGCCUUGCGAGGUGAUCUCCCUUCCGAGACGGCCAUGGAUCUUGACCAUGUGACGGAGAAUGAUCUUUGCGAAGCACUUCCGUCGACUUCAACUUCGUCCAAUGAUCCUAUAGACUGGAUGCUGAUGGAUGACCUUCACAUGGUGGAGUCUGAUCGUAUCAGUGUGGAACAUAUGGCUCUGGAGGCCAGGAAGCAUCAGAACUUCAAGAUGGAUACCUGCGAGGCCCUUCUUCAAGAGCUCUAUUUCAAACUUCGUGGACAACCAGGUGUCUCUCAUCAACGAUGGCAACGUUCUGACACUUGUGUUCUCGUCUUUGGAGCCUAUGCCCAUGGCGCCUUCAGCGGUUGUACCAAGGCUACUGCGAGAUAUCCAGAAGUCGUGAAGUUCUUGAAUGCUUACCUCCUCUACCACAAUCCUCAACAUACCUGGUCCAGCGUCAUGGUGACGUUCAACGGCGAUGCCCGUCCACAUUGCGAUCAUCACAAUCAGAAAGGCUCUUGGAAUCUUAUUCAUGGUCUUGGCAAUUAUGCCGGUGGCGGCUUGUGGAUUCAUGGAGAUCCUCCUCCUGGAGCUCUUCCAGCUCGUCGGCGUCUUGGUGAUGGUUCUCUUUUGUUGGGCUACGUCAAGGAGACCUUGCGGAAGUUUGUGUACUUUCAACCUGAUGUUCUUCAUGCUUCCCAGCCUCGUCAAGGUAAGGGCCUUCUGGUCUCUUCGUACACGACCCGCUUGGCAUCUGACAUGGACCCGUCUGACAUCAACAUGCUGCUCCAGUACGGCUUCCCUGUGAAAACUAUCAUUGCCACUAAUAAUGCGUGCCCUGUCCUUCAAGAAUCUCCUUCGACUCAAGGCACCUCCAAUGGAGAUCCUGAAGUGUCUCCUGAAAUUCGUGCCAAGUGGGAGGCUCAGGUGGCUCGCUUCCAUAAAGCUGCCGGACAUCCCACAAAUCGAAACUUGGCCAAGAUCAUUCGAGAUGCUGGUCAUGAGGAUUGGAAGGUGCGCGUGGCCUUGGAGUACAAGUGUCCUUCCUGUCAAAGUCUUCGUGCUGGAGGAACGUCGUCUGGUCAGAUCCCACCUGCUUCUACGCAUAGCAUGUACUCUGCUUGGCAAGCUGUGGGAGUAGACUCCGGAGAAUGGAUACCUCCUGGCUCCAAGGUCAAGGUUAAGUUCCUGUUGUUCAUUGAUCUUGCGACUAAACUUCGUGUAGUUUGUCCUCUCUUCACCUAUGGGUUUUUGGAAAUGCGCACAGAAUCAGGUCAGGAUCUCAUCCACCACUUCACUGAGCGCUGGAUUGGCCAAUACCCGAAGCCACAGGUCUUGGUGUUGGACUCUGCAAAGAGCUUCAUCUCAGAGGCAGUCCACGACUACGCCCAUAACUUGAACAUUCAGCUUUCUUUUGUGGCUGAAAAGGAGGCAUGGGCGCAUGGCAUUGUGGAGGCCGGUGUGCAAGAUUUGAAGAUGACAGCCUCUGCGAUACACCUUGAUUCUCUGGAUCAGGAUCCUGGUCUCACCUUGUUGCUGGCAGCUUCGGCCCUCAAUGCAACCGAGUAUACUGCCGGCUUCUCCUCAUUUCAGUGGGCAUUUGGCCGAGAGUAUCAUAUCAGCGACGAAGAUGCCCGGACCUAUGCUCAAGCCGACUUGAAGGAUGAGUUUGCCAAAUUGGUCACUUGUCGAGAAAAGGCCCAGGCAGUUGCGUUGAGAACGCGCAGCCGACGUGUUCUCUCGAGAUUAGCAAAUACGACAGUACGUCAACCGCUUCGCACCUACCAUCCUAUGGAUUUGGUGAAAAUUUGGCGCAGGGUAUGGCCGAAGGAGCAAUUCUCUGGCCCACGUGGCGGACUUCGCAAAUCUGGUAGACCCCAUUGGGUGGGCCCUGGCCGCGUCAUCUUUCACGAGGUCUUGCCUCAUCAAGAUGCUGAUGACGACCGCAGACACAUAGUGUGGGUCCUUGUGGGAGCUCAACUUUUCCGUUGUUCGGCACAUUCUGUUCGACCAGUGACUGAGGUAGAGCGGUUCCAAUUUGAAACUUCUGGCUCAGAGAAACCUGAAGGUUGGCGUUCUCUUGCUGAUCUACUACCUCACCGAGAGUAUCAGGAUCUCACCGACCAAGUUCCUGAUGCUGAAGAGGUGGAAGAACCUGAUCUUCCUCCUGAGCCAGACUCCACGACUACGACUGUCCCAACUCGCCGUGUGACUCGGAAGACGACUAUGCGUCCCUCAGCUCUUCCAUCGGUGUCGGAGUCCGAGGAACUGGGCACUACCUCUACAAAGCGACCAGCUCCGAUGUCCUCAACAACUCCAUCGUCUACAGCAGGCGAUCCUAAUUCUACUACCACCACAGCCCCCAAUCCACUUGCAACGACUCCGUCCUCUUCUACAACUGCUCCUGGUGAACCAGUGAACGACUAUGAGGAGACUGACUCCAAGCGUGCUCGAGUUGAAGAUUGGGUGGCCAAUUUGUACAAGGCUGUUGCCGAGGAAGCGAAUGUCAUGGACAUCUAUUCUGCCUUCCUGGAAGCUCCUGAGUGCCUCAAGGUCGAGUUCGACAUAGAUGCUCCUACUUCGAACCGUCAAAGAAAGGCCCUGGAAAGAAAUCCUGUCCUCUUCCUGAUCAAGAAAAUGAAGGACUCUGAGGUUUCGCUGGUCAAGUUGCCUGCGCAUGAGAAGGUUCUCUUCCAGCGUGCCAAGACGAAAGAGGUGGACUCGUUCAUCAAGCACGAGGCUGUUCGACGUUGCCUCGACGACCAGGAGAUCCGCAAGGCCUAUGACACCCAACGGAUAGUCCGGGCUCGCUGGGUCUUGACCUGGAAAUGCACACCUGAUGAUGAACGUGAAGAGGCACAACAGGAUGCCCAGCAGAACCCCAAGACUGUAUUCACAUCUGAUGGUGGUAAAAAGGCUAAGGCUAGGAUAGUCCUUUUGGGUUUUGAGCACCCCAAUCUCCUGGACCCCACCUUUAAGACCUCCAGUCCUGUUCAAUCAACGUUGGGCCGCAACCUGCUUUACAGCAUGGCAGCUCAACAUCAAUGGCCACUUGAAGGUCUUGAUCUGGCCACGGCUUUCCUUCAGACUCAAGCAACUGAAGCAGACCGGGAGAUUUGGACAAGUGGUGUUGCAGAGCUUCGUGAAGCCCUUGGCGUUGGUGCGGAGGGCAUCAUGCGGGUUCUUCGCAAUAUUUACGGCAGCACAACGGCUCCUCGUGGUCUUUGGCUGGACUUGCACAAGACUCUUACUUCCUUGGGAGGUCAUGCUGUCAAGGGUGAACGGUGCUUGUGGAUAUGGCUUUCGAAGGAUCGCAUGGACUCCUUGAACGGCAAGCAGUUCCCAUGGUGA